GCGGCUGCGCCCGGCGGCCACGUUGACAGGGCGGGAGCGCGGGGAAGGCUGGGCGCGGGUAGCGGGGCCGCUGCCACAGUCAAAAUGUCUUCGCCUCCCAAAGAGAAAGCAGAGACGCGGGCCGGACACCCUCCUGCUGUGAAGGCUGGUGGGAUGCGUAUUGUGCAGAAACACCCGCACAAUUCUGAUGCCAAAGAAGAAAAAGAUAAGGAUGACCAAGACUGGGAAACCAGCAGCCCACCUAAGCCAACGGUGUUCAUCUCUGGUGUCAUUGCUAGGGGUGAUAAGGACUUCCCUCCAGCAGCGGCUCAGGUGGCUCAUCAGAAACCCCAUCCUUCUGUGGAAAAGCUUCCUCCCCCGCAGCAUGUCAAACAGCACAUCCACCAGCCUCGCAAGUGAGCUCUCCAUCAGAAUCCCAGACAACUUGACAAGGGCGAAUAAGUUUUCAAGAGAAGAUGAAAAUCCUUUAGGAUUCACACUGUCAAAUCAGUUAAAUUGACCUCUAAAAUAAUAUGCUGUUUCUUUUACUUCAAUUCUCAAGGGUUAAUAAAAAUUAAGACAUUGUUUAUUUUAUCCCAGAUGGAAAAUUCUCUAUUAAGUCUGUCCUGAUUAGGGGUAGGUUUUUUAUAUGAUUUUUCUUAUUGCCAAGAUAAAACUUUAGUAUGAAUAAUAAGAUUAAUGAGCCUAAAACUUGUACUUCUAGGUGUUGCAUCGCAGUAGCAGGCAGUUAAUGCAGCUUUUAUGUUAAGCCGUUAAGGAAGAAUAGCCCUUUUGUACUGGUAUCUUUAAUAUUUGGAGGGAGUCUGUGUAUGUUAAGACAGAAAUUGAUGAUUGUCUUGCUUAUGUAUAGCCCUUGCAGUCUUCAGUAUCCUACAGCAUUGCACCCCAGUGACUACACCCUCUGAUUCCAAGUAGAGAUGGCAGAAGGGCCCCAAAACAUUCAUGAGUCAGCAGAAAUCCAGCUGAAUCUUCCUUACACCCCUUUGCAGUCGCACAGCCCUGCUGAGGUUCUUCCAUUUGGAGGUGUGUGGGUAUAGAGGAGGGGGAGACAUCAGAGUUACAAGAACAUUGCUGCUGUAGGUAACUGAUAUGUGAUCUUAUGCAUCUCAUUGAGGAUUGCAUUUUUAUGAGGUAAUGAUUAUUAAUGAUAAAUAACAAGGUGAAAGAGCUCAGGACCCUCCAGAAUUGAACUUAAACUGGUGGAAAAUUUGUAUUCUUUUUUAACUUACAGUUGAGAUAACUUUUUAAGAUCAAGAGAUACCAUUAGUAAAUGUGUUACAUUUUAUGACCCAACUUCUGUUGUUCAUCAUGGUAUUUUUAAGAACAGUAGUGAUAAGAGAGAAUAAAAGUUACUUUUCAAAUAGGAUGAUCAGUUUAGUUUUAGACACAUAACUGAAUCUUUUGGUUACAGAGUUCAAAUUCGCUUAGUUCUGUUGUUUUCCUUCUGCAGCUCAUCUCUGUAAAACCUAGGAAAAUAAGUUUUUUAAAUAUUUUAUCUACUUUUUUAAAAGUGUUCUUUUGGUUAUAACUGACUAUAAAUACAAUAGAGCCUUUAGUACCCUC